CGUUCCAAGGUGGCAUGUUGAAUACAGAGUACCUGUAUGGGAUAUUCAGCAAUGUCGCCUCGCUUAACACCACCCAGCUGAUUGGUCUACCUUCGGGGGCUUCUAUCCAGUCCCUCGCCAUUGAAGGACCCGUCGUCUCUGCAAGCGUGAUUCUGGAGGUGUACUACAAGACAAUAGACUACACCCUGCCCAUGCAGACCGACCUAUGGAUGCGUUUUGACGACGACUUGAAGAUCAAGUUUUACGACAUGACCCUCCGUCGUUUACCGUGGGCCUUUGACUUCCUCCUUCCCAAGUUGGCGCCCACGAUCGCAGAGGAGUUGGGAGCCUCGUACAAUGGCACCGAUGCCGACAAUCAAGCACUGGCUGCACAGAGGGCUAUUGCUGAUAUUUGCAGUACGGCGAUGGAGUAUUGUACGGGCGACAACCAAGUUUAUGAUUCGAAUGAGAGCUGUAUGCAGUUUCUGGCCGAUGAAGUUCCAUUUGGAGAGGCAUGGCAAGGAGGACAGAAUACAACGAUUUGCAGAUACGUGUACAAGAACAUGGUAAAGUUCAGGCCUGAUGUUCACUGUCCCCAAAUCUCACCGUCUGGCGGAGAUAUGUGCAUCCCCAGGUCGUACGAAAAUGUCACUGAAGAUUUCCCCUUUGUUUCAACUCUGGUCGCACCCAACGCCUCUUUCACGGUCGAUAACACGAAGGGAUUGUCUGAGGAAACUGUGACAGAGCUGAUGAAGUUAAGCAUGCUGCAGAUCUACCCGACUACAGUUGCUUUCUACUCCAUCCCAACAAUUCUGUACUUCUUCCUCUUGUACGUCUGCGCCAAAGGCGUGGAGAUGGUGUUGCCAAGGCUCUACGCAACAUACAGGGAUCUGUCGUUGGAAAAUAAGCGGAAUACUGUUACUUAUGCCAUGAAUACGUUUUGGACCUUGGUCGCACUCGUCACGCAAGGCGUCGGAGGCUCAGUGGCGAGUCAGAACUACACCGUUCUCAAUGUCUCUCUAGUGAGAGUCGUUGGCAACCUCAUUUCCGGUUUAUAUAUCUUCGAGCUGACAUACCGUCCGAAUAUGAGGUGGCCUUUACUUAUCCACCACCUCUGCACUCUAUUCGCCAUUGUGUUCCUUCAAGUCGUGCUACAAAUCACGGAACACCCUGCUAUUGCGGCUGCUGGAUACAUAUGGCUAUUUCAGGCAACGACGGAGCAGUCUGUCUUCAUUGGACUCUUCAUGUAUAGGCUUCGAUAUCCUAAGCUCCUUGUGAAGAGAACGUUACAAUUCGCCGCAGUGCAAUCAUUCUUGUGCAAAAUCGGAUUCGCAGCGUAUCUGUUUGUCUGGUGGGGCUUGAAAUUGGCCAAGUUCCACACGCCCAGUGAUAUUGCCUUGAGCGUCAUGCUGGUUUUGAUUUGCACACUCCUUAUGUCUACGCAAGUGUAUGGAUCUUACGCUGUAUGGUCGAUAGCGAGGAAUAUGGACCGCCCGUCUAGAGUUCCAGACACAGAGAAACUACACUCGGAGACAAGUUCUACUACUGCUGUAUCAACCCGCGAUUCAGUCAGCUCAUAAAGACGGGUGCCACUCUUUUAAUUCAUUCAUUUAAUACACACCUGGGAAUAUACCAUACCACACAUUUG